AUGGAUCCGAGGCUCCCCACGAGGGGCGCGCUCGACCAGCGCGAGCGCCAGAUCCCGCCGCCGCCGGCCGCCAGCGAGGUUUGCCCGCCGACGAUCGCCGCCGACGAGCGCCAGAUCCCGCCGACGGGCGCCGCCAACACGCAGCCCGCCUCGUGCAGCCCUCCACGCCAGCCACCGUGGCUGCCGAUUUUGAACUUAGCCGCCACCGCCUCCACCACCAAGCCCGCCUCCUCCUCCAGCGCCACCACCAAACCCGCCACCAGAGCCAACUCCUGCCCCACCACCAAGACCGCCUCCGGCGCCACCUCCCAAUCCACCACCACCUCCAGCCCCACCACCCAGUCCGCCUCCUCCACCUGCACCACCACCGAGACCACCUCCAGCACCACCCCCAAGCCCACCUCCUCCACCUGCACCACCCCCAAGCCCACCUCCUCCACCUGCACCGCCACCCAGACCACCUCCAGCCCCACCACCGAGACCGCCUCCCGCGCCACCACCCAAGCCACCAGCCCCUCCUACCCCGCCGCCGAGUCCACCUCCUCCACCUGCACCACCACCGAGACCACCUCCAGCUCCGCCACCGAGCCCGCCCCCUGCACCUGCACCACCACCGAGACCACCACCUGCACCAAGACCGCCACCAUGCCCAAGACCGCCACCUCCACCAAGACCACCACCGUGCCCAAGACCGCCACCAAGACCACCACCAUGCCCAAGACCUCCACCGAGACCACCGCCGGCACCACCACCAAAACCACCUCCUCCACCAAGCCCACCGCCUAG